AAUCCAAAAUCAUCUACCGACUGACCUUGAAGUAGUAAGAUUAAUUAUAGCAUAUGUGUCGGAUUCAAUCCACCGAAACAGAAUUGGUAAAACAUACAUUAAGAAACUUUUCGAUUUGAUAAUGAGAUUCACCAACCACACGAAUUGCCAAGUAUAAAUUGACACUAGAAAAUACCUUUAAUCAUCAUCAUCUUCUUCAAAACACUCCUCUAGCUACCUCAUGUAUCAAAUGGGAAGCAUUUCUUUAUGCAGCAAGAGCUUGUUGCACAUCUCGAUCCUAUUCCUUCCAUGUUUUAUUGGCGUAACUUAUUGCCAAAAGUUUCAAGGCCUAUCUCCAUUAAUAUCACCUCCAUUGAUUCCAGAAAUCUUAAACUUCUUAGACCAAAGGCUUGCCUCAGUGUUUCCAAUCAUCCAAGUCUUCAAGGACACUAUCACCUCUGAUCCCUUUAACAUCACUCAAACUUGGGUUGGCCCAGAUAUAUGCAACUACAAAGGCUUCUACUGUACUAGUCCACCUGAUAAUAACUCUGCCGUCGCCCUUGCUUCCAUCGAUUUCAAUGGAUUCCAGCUAUCUGCCCCUACGCUUGAUGGCUUCAUUGAUCAACUACCUGACCUUGCUCUCUUUCAUGCCAACUCUAACAAAUUUUCUGGUACCAUAUCACCAAAAAUCACCAAGCUACCAUUUCUUUAUGAACUAGACAUAAGCAACAAUAAUUUCCUUGGCAAUUUUCCCAUGGAGAUUCUUGGAAUCCCUGGCCUAUCAUUUUUAGAUAUCCGAUUCAAUUUCUUUACUGGAACAGUUCCUCCGGAAGUAUUCACUCAAGGCCUUGACGUACUCUUCCUCAACAACAACAAUUUUAUUCAAAAACUCCCAGAAAACCUCGGCUCAACCACAGUGCUUUACCUCACCUUGGCUAACAACAAAUUUAUCGGUCCAAUCCCACGUAGCAUCAGUAAAGCUUCCGCGACACUAAAGGAAGUGCUGUUCUUGAACAACUUACUUGCAGGUUGCCUCCCAUAUGAACUAGGAUUUCUUAGUGAACUAGUCCUUUUCGAUGCUGGUAACAACUUACUAACCGGUCCUUUACCUUGCUCGUUGGGAUGCUUGGCUAAGCUUGAACAGUUCAACCUCACUGGGAACUUAUUGUAUGGACAGGUGCCAGAGGUGGUGUGCGCAUUAGGGAAAUUGGUGAACUUGUCACUCUCAAGUAAUUAUUUUACAGAACUAGGGCCAACGUGUAGGAAACUAGUGAAUAGUGGAGUUCUUGAUAUUAAAAAAAAUUGUAUACAUGAUCUCCCUGAACAGAGAUCAGUGCUGGAGUGUGAUGCUUUCUCCUUGCACCCUAGGUAUUGCCCAAAUCCUGCAUCGUUUAACUUAAUUCCUUGCAAGGUUCCAUCCUCACCGAGUCAUCCUUCGAUUGGACCAAAGAGAAAUUUGGUCAGUUAUAGUGCUCUUCUGAGACAUGCAGUUGAUUUCCAGGAAUAAACUAACAAUGUACGGAAGGACGUUUGUCUAAACAAUGUAAAGGUUGAGUUACACACAAGCUAUUUAUUGUGACCCAGCUUAGUCUAGCUACUCAAAUUCCAUGCUGAUUCGAAUCACAGGGAUUGUCCAAAAAAAUAAGGCAAGCUGUAUUGUUCACGAGACAGUUUUCGCUAUAUGAAGUCGCUUCCUUUGUUUGGAUGAUCAAAA